CCCAGACCCGUGAGUAGCGGGGGGGCCGGGAGCCGGUGCGCUCCGGCGAGCUGCGGGGCGGGCGGUGUGUGCGGGUCCCCGGUGCACGCCCAUGGUCUUAAAUUUGUCCUGUGUCAUGGAUGAGGCUGCUUUGUCCCUUGGAACAAUAGAUGUUUCCUAUUUGUCCUCUUCAGUAGAAUAUGCUAUCACUAGAUGUAAGCACUCCAGUGAAGAAUGGGGAGAGUGCAAUUCAAGGCCUACUGUCUUCCGAUCUGCGACUUUAAAAUGGAAAAAAUGGAAAGAGACACUACUGAGCAGAAAAAGGCCAUUUGUUGGACGCUGUUGCUACAUGUGUACUCCUCAAAGCCGGGAUAAACUUUUCAAUGCUAGUAUCCCUUCUUUGGGCCUACGCAAUGUUAUCUAUAUCAAUGAAACGCACACAAGGUACAGAGGGUGGCUGGCAAGAAGGCUCUGUUAUGUUCUUUUUGUGCAAGAACGAGAUGUGCAUAAGAGUAUGUUUGCCAGCAAUGUGGCAGAAAACGUGUUGAACAGCAGCAGAGUGCAGAAGGCCAUUGUAGAGGAGGCUUCUGUAUUAAGUGCUGCAGGUACUCAGACAGACCUCAAGGCCAUCAGCAAAGUGAAGAAAAAAGCUAGAAGGAUUCUCCAAGAAAUGGUGGCAAACGUCUCACCUGCUUUGAUCAGGUUGACUGGUUGGGUGUUACUGAAAUUAUUCAACAGCUUCUUUUGGAACAUUCAGAUCCACAAAGGCCAAUUGGAGAUGGUCAAAGCAGCCACCAAGAUGAAUUUGCCUCUUAUCUUCUUGCCUGUUCACAAAUCUCACAUCGACUAUCUGCUCCUCACAUUCGUUCUUUUCUGCCAUAACAUCAAAGCACCGUACAUUGCUGCAGGGAAUAACCUCAACAUCCCCAUCUUCAGCACAUUGAUCCGCAAACUGGGAGGCUUUUUCAUUCGGAGGAGGUUGGAUGAGAACCCUCACGGACGUAAAGAUGUCCUUUAUAGAGCUUUGCUGUAUGUGCACAUAGAGGAGUUGCUUAGACAGCAGCAGUUCUUAGAGAUAUUCCUGGAAGGCACACGUUCUCGGAGUGGAAAAACAUCCUGUGCCAGAGCAGGUCUCUUAUCUGUGGUGGUAGAUGCUCUCUUCACAAAUGCCACCCCAGACAUACUAAUUAUACCUGUGGGAAUCUCCUAUGAUCGCAUCAUUGAAGGUCACUAUAACAAUGAACAGCUGGGGAAGCCUAAGAAGAACGAAAGCCUUUGGAGCGUAGCCAGAGGAGUCUUCAGAAUGCUGCGGAAGAAUUACGGAUGUGUCAGAGUAGACUUUGCACAACCAUUUUCCUUAAAAGAAUACCUAGACAGCCAAAGUCAAAAACCUAUGCCCGCCAUGCUAUCUUUGGAGCAAGCUCUGUUACCAGCUAUACUUCCUUCACGGCCUAAUGAUGUUGUGGAUGAAGUUACGGAGGCUACACUGGGUGAUUCCUGGGAUUUAUCCAAUGAGCCCUUUAGAAGACAGUUGAUAGCCAACUUGGCUGAGCAUAUAUUGUUCACUGCUAACAAGUCAUGUGCUGUGAUGUCAACACACAUAGUUGCCUGUUUGCUGCUCUACCGACACAGGAAGGGAAUUGACCUUUCCAAGCUGGUGGAAGACUUCUUCUCUAUGAAGGAGGAGGUCUUGGCCCGUGACUUUGACUUGGGAUUUUCAGGAAAUUCUGAAGAUGUUGUCAUGCAUGCCAUCCACCUGUUGGGGAACUGUGUAAAUAUCACAAACACCAGCCAAAACAAUGAGUUCUUCAUCACUCCCAGCACAACUAUUCCCGCUGUCUUUGAACUCAACUUCUACAGCAAUGGUGUACUGCACGUCUUCAUCAAAGAGGCCAUUAUUGCCUGCAGUCUUCAUGCAGUGCAGAGUAAAAGGUAUAGAAAUGGCAUCAAUGGCGUUUCUCCCAACCUGAUUAGCCAAGAACAACUGGUCCGCAAAGCCGCCAGCUUGUGCCACCUGCUUUCCAAUGAAGGUGCUAUAUCCUUGCCUUGUCAGAUGUUAUACCAAGUUUGCCAUGAGGCAGUCGAAAGGUUCAUACAAUAUGGCAUUCUUUUGGUGGCAGAGCAAGAUGAUCAGGAGGAUAUUAGCCCUAGCCUUACAGAGCAGCAGUGGAGUAAAAAGCUUCCUGAACCCUUGUCUUGGAGAAGUGAUGAGGAGGAUGAAGACAGUGACUUUGGAGAAGAACAGAGGGAUUGCUACCUGAAGGUGAACCAAUCCCAAGAACACCAGCAGUACAUCACCUUCCUGCAAAGGUUACUGGGGCCUUUACUUGAGGCCUACAGCUCAGCUGCCAUCUUUAUGCACAACUUCAGUGGUCCUGUGUCAGAAACAGAAUACCUUCAUAAGUUACACAAGUACCUAAUAACCAGGACAGAGAAGAGUGUUGCAGUGUAUGCUGAGAGUGCCACCUAUUGUCUUGUGAAAAAUGCAGUGAAGGUCUUUAAGGAUAUUGGGGUUUUCAAGGAGACAAAACAAAAGAGAGAGACUUUUUUGGAACUGAGCAGUACUUUCCUACCUCAGCGCAACCGGCAAAAACUACUGGAAUUCAUCCUGAGCUUCAUUGUACUGUAGACCAUGUUUAGUACCUUUUGCCAGGGAGGCGAAGACAGGUUCCAAGAUUUGUGUCAAAGCUUGAGGGCAUUUGCUAGUCCUUCAGAGUAUAAGGUGCCCUUGUUUGUUUGGUAAGGCCUUAUCUGACUUGAACCACUGGAAGACAGUGCCUUCUUAUGUAUGUAUUUAUGGAUUUCUGAGGGUCCCAAUCCUGUGAUAAUACAGUAAUACAACAGGUGACACUUUUGGAUGCAAGCAAUCAGUCAUGUUUGCAGAAAAAAAAAAUGUAAAACUAGAUUUAAAAUGAAAACUGACAUUUUAUCAGUGUUACAUUUUACAUAAUUACUUUUAAAGACUAAUGACUGACAGGUGCACAAAUGCAGAUAGUGAUUUAUAGGUAGCCCUGAGAUCUUGAAUUGAGUGGAAACACUGCUUAUGACAAAAAAAAAAAAAAAAAAAAAAAAAAAAAAUUUAACGUGAAAGCUGUUACUUCAGAAAAUUUGUCAUCCCCUUCCUGUCUGGUUUAUUGUUUAAAAUAAAUGGUUUAUAAAGAUAUGCACGGACAGUGUAUACUUUAUGGAAAAAGCCAUAGUUUUCCAUAAUUGUUAGCAUCUAGAAUAAAUGCCAAAAUCUUAAUGGGAAUAACAAUCAAUUGCGUAGCAAACUAGUGCUAUCGGGACUGCAUAAUGCAAUGGUAAAUUGCGCUAAACACUGUUGUCACGGUAGAAUGUGAUAGCACAAUUUUAUUAGGUCUUGCUGUUCCUUACCCUUACUAGAAAUAAGGAAUUAAUUUGCCUAAAACAUGAAUGUAUUCUAGCCACUUAAAUUUUGUAUCUAAUAAAAAAAAGUUGUUUAGCUAA